CGAGGCUCGUACUUAGUACAUUGGAAGACUGGUGCGCUUCCGAAUUACUCCAGGCACUAUUGUUGCACAAACACGCACGGUACCAUCUUCCAUCUAUUAGCCGUCAUCGAUGCUCUCAGAGCGUGCCCUGUGGAUAAGGCUCUUGUGCUUGUUAUCGAGAACAAAGCACUCAUUAGAUGUACGCAAAAAAGAAGGAGGAGUUAUCAAUGGGCGUAAAUACCUGAAAGGCAUCUUUGCAAACCACAAAAAGUUAUUGAAGCCUUACGUUGAUACGCUAAGUGCACAACUCAAAAGCAAGGAAAUGCCGGUUAGAGCCCGUCGCUUCAGCAACUGUGACAGACUCACCGAAGUCGAUGGCGCACAAAUACUACGAGAACUGUUGCCGCUAUCUAACGGUACAAUACCGCUUACCACUAUUUUACCAUCAUCAUCAUCAUUAGGUGAUCCAUCAACAUUUUCGAUACCACGACCUUUACCGCCGCCCUUUUAUUAUUCGUCUGAAAGCAACAUGACCAAUGGAGAAAAUCAAUCUGGCAUAUGGAGCUUUGGAGCAACACCAAUUCAAGAAUAUUUUCGCGGUGACGCCGAAGACGACAGCUCUGUAGACGACGAAGAUGAAGAUGCUGAAGUUGGAUUUUAUCUGACAUCUAAACAACAAUACCGGGAUGAGGAGGAAAUCGAGCGCUGGAUCCUUGAAAAUGACGAUAGACCUUUAAAACGGCGCCGAAUGUUACUAGAUCAACGGCCGGCAUUGACGAAGGAGAAGGAAACCGUGAGCUUGGUCGAUCGAGUGAGGAACUUUGUAGGAAGCUUUAUUCCCGUCUAACAUAAAUAUGUUCUUUAGUUGUCAAUUGCAAUCCUGCAAAUACCCCCCUCCCCACCCUCUCACUAGAUCGACCCGAUUCCUCCAAAUCAAAAAACGAACACAGAUAGUCUCAUUAUUCAAUUACAAAGUAGCAUUCAACAGUAUGUCUCAACAUAAAAUACGUCUUCCUCUCCACUUUAACGUAUCAUUCGACGAAAAGGCCGC